GCCACGGGGACCGGGCCCAACCAGUCGUAAUCGAUACGAUAAGAAGCUCCAUUUUUCUGCUCCUCUUCACUUCAUCCCUCCCAUCCCGCAGGAGGCCACCCCUCGUGAAUCUAUCUACCGCCCGACUCGAGAUCAUGAAGAUCGUCUUCGCCCUGUGCGUCGCGGUGGCCUUCGUCGCCGCGAAUGCCGAGGAGCAGGAGCGGCCGAAAACCUUCCGGAGACUGAUACCCGCUGACGUCCUCCGCGACUUCCCCGGCAUGUGCUUCGCGUCGACCAAGUGCGCGACCAUCGAGCCGUUGAAGUCGUGGGAGCUGUCGCCGUUCUGCGGUCGUUCCACCUGCGUGCUCGCCGACGACAACUCUGGCCGUCUGUUCGAGCUAGUGGAGGACUGCGGCCCGCUGCCGAAGGCCAAUCCUAAGUGCAAGCUCUCCGACAAGACCAACAAGACCGCGAGCUUCCCCGACUGCUGUCCGCUCUUCGAGUGCGAGGAAGGCGCCAAGCUCGAAUAUCCGGAAAUCCCGACUCUGCCACCACCAAGCGGCGUGGACGCCACGGCGACCGCGAAGGCGCAACCGGAAGCGCCGCAGUCCUAAAAAGCCCGAAACACAGCAGCGAAAGGCCACCCUGUCCCGCCCUGGGGUGAAGGUUGCGGUGUAGCCUCGACGAAAUCGAUCGGACUCGAUUACGUUCCAUUGCUAAACGGACAGCGAUCUGUCGGCUCACGAUCUGUCGGCUCAAUCGACGAGAGAGUCAGGGCGGUGAACGUACAUUCGAGGACUCUGCCUACCCGGGAGCGAACGGAAAGACCUCUUCUCGACAGAAAAAAACCAGCGGACUCCUAGCGUAACGCGAAGUAAAAAACGCGCGCAUAAACCUCGAUUUUAUUUUGCAUUGGUAUUCGAGUACCAAGAUCUGUUUCGACACAACAGAACGAUUAGUCAUGCUGUUUUACGAUACCUUCUCGAGGAGAGGAUAAAUUGUCGUGGCAAUAGCCCUCGAACGACGUGAACAUCGAGCGUCGCUGUACGUUGCGCUGGGACGCAGAUCUCCUCGUAUCCGGCUCGAUCGUGGACCGUUCGACAGGAUUGUGCAACGUUUGUGCCGAUCGCGACGAGGCCAUACCGUGGUACCGCUCACCGUCUAACGCGAUUCGAUCCCAUACAUGAUCCCAGAUUAAGCUAAUUGUACAUAAAUUCAGGCCGCGCCUUCGCAAACUAUGGAGCACGAUAAAAGCUUUUUCGACGCACUCCUCCCUCUCCCACAUCUCCGAUUUGUAAUCUUAUCGUAAUUCACCCCGACCCUCUCGUUAGCUUCCCCAAUAGUUUUUUAGCUGCUCAACCCACGAACGUAUGGUUUGCUUAUGAAAAUCUAAAAAAAAAAAAAGAAAAGAAUAAUUUUGCCAAUAGUACAUCGGGUACCUCAAAGUCUAACAGAAGACCUCUCUAACAGGACAAGAUGUUGUACGAAUAUUCUAGAAUAUUCUAGAUAUUGUGCGAAUAUUCAUGCGAUAUCAGCUCAUGAUAUUGAACGGAUAUUCAUGCGAUAUCAGCACAUGAUAUUGAACGGAUAUUCAUGCGAUAUCAGCACAUGAUAUUGAACGGAUAUUCAUGCGAUAUCAGCACAUGAUAUUGAACGGAUAUCACAUGCUCACAUGCUGUUAGAGCUGACAGAGAUCUUUGGCUUUGAUCUUAAAAGAAAGAUAAAUAUACGAGAAAAGUUCAAUCAGUGUACUGCUUUGUGAUCACUCUAUUGUAUCUCGCACAGGAGCGUUUGAAAAGUUUAGACGCUUUUCGACGAUGUAUCUUUUAAUGAUAUAAAUCGGUAAGGGCGCACUUUCGUCUAGUUAAGUCGACUUAAGCUCUUUCUCAACAUAUGACAAAUUUAUACUCCGUAGCAAAGUCUGGCAGUAUGUAUCGCAAAUAUGUGUGAUUGUAAUUAUAUGUGAUUAAAUUAA